GGCCCCCCCCCAACUAUGGACGAGCGGCUGCUGGGGCCGCCCCCUCCAGGUGGGGGCCGGGGGGGCCUGGGAUUGGUGGGUGGGGAGCCUGGGGGCCCUGGCGAGCCUCCCGGUGGCGGAGACCCCGGUGGGGGUAACGGGGGGGUCCCGGGAGGCCGAGGGAAGCAAGACAUCGGGGACAUACUGCAGCAGAUAAUGACCAUCACCGACCAGAGCCUGGACGAGGCCCAGGCCAAGAAACACGCCCUCAACUGCCACCGCAUGAAGCCUGCUCUCUUUAGUGUCCUGUGCGAAAUCAAGGAGAAAACCGGCCUCAGCAUUCGAAGCUCCCAAGAGGAGGAGCCGGUGGACCCGCAGCUGAUGCGCCUGGACAACAUGCUUCUGGCAGAGGGUGUGGCUGGGCCUGAGAAAGGAGGGGGCUCAGCAGCAGCAGCUGCAGCUGCAGCAGCCUCUGGGGGCGGCGUGUCCCCUGACAACUCCAUCGAACACUCGGACUAUCGCAGCAAACUUGCUCAGAUCCGCCACAUCUACCACUCGGAGCUGGAGAAAUAUGAGCAGGCAUGUAACGAGUUCACAACCCAUGUCAUGAACCUGCUGAGGGAACAGAGCCGCACACGGCCUGUGGCACCCAAGGAGAUGGAGCGCAUGGUGAGCAUCAUCCAUCGGAAGUUCAGCGCCAUCCAGAUGCAACUCAAGCAGAGCACCUGUGAGGCUGUCAUGAUCCUGCGUUCCCGCUUUUUGGAUGCCAGACGAAAACGCCGCAACUUCAGCAAACAGGCCACUGAGGUCCUCAAUGAGUAUUUCUACUCGCAUCUGAGUAACCCAUAUCCUAGUGAGGAGGCCAAGGAGGAGCUUGCCAAGAAGUGCGGAAUCACUGUCUCUCAGGUCUCCAACUGGUUUGGCAACAAGCGGAUUCGGUAUAAGAAAAAUAUUGGAAAGUUCCAAGAGGAGGCAAACAUCUAUGCUGUCAAGACCGCCGUGUCAGUCACCCAGGGGGGCCACAGCCGCACCAGCUCCCCGACACCCCCUUCCUCUGCAGGCUCUGGCGGCUCUUUCAAUCUCUCAGGAUCCGGAGACAUGUUUCUGGGGAUGCCCGGCCUCAAUGGAGAUUCCUACUCCGCUCCCCAGGUGGAAUCACUCCGACACUCAAUGGGGCCAGGGGGCUACGGGGAUAACCUUGGGGGAGGCCAGAUGUACAGCCCUCGGGAAAUGAGGGCAAACGGUGGCUGGCAGGAGGCUGUAACCCCAUCCUCAGUGACGUCCCCGACAGAGGGACCAGGGAGCGUUCACUCUGACACUUCCAACUGAUCUUGCCCCUCAGGGCCACAGGGGUGGGGGCUCACAAGGCAACUCUUGAAGAGGACACAGGCUUCCAGAGGACAAACCCCAGACACAGGAGAAGCACAAGACAGAGAAGGGCAUCCCUUCCCCAACCAGACUCUCUCAGUGCUGGCGGUGCUGACUACAUGGCAGGGAGAAUGGGCUCCCCUAAGGGGAGAGUGGGGUCUGUCUCCCUCCUUUUUCCGGUUUUUUUUUUUAGUCUUUCUUUUCUUUCCUCUCACAAAACCCAGAACCUAUUGUUCAGAUCCCUUUCCCUUUUCACAACCCCCCGACCCCCCGCCCGUACUAUAUUCCAUUUCUCUUUUUCUCUGGGCUCCCCCACUCUCCCUCCCCCACCCCACUUAUCUGCUCUGAGAUCUGUGGAGAAGCCAGCCCUGCCCAACCAGAGAUGCCAAAACUGGGGACACACCUUCUGGACAGAGGACAUGGGCCAUGAACCCUGUGCCUCCCCACCCCCUGCCCCUCCAGAUGGCUUUAUUACCUCAUACGCAGCUCAUCCUAAACCAAUAGAAUUGCUCGGUGGACUAGA